AUGGUUGACAAGGGAACUACAGUGGAAGAUCAUUUUGACAGGGAGGCAACUGGCCUACAAUAUGGUACAUUACGAGAAUUGCAAGAAACAGGACAUCUUUUAUUUAAUUUCGCAAAUGAUUGUGAGAAAAAUGAGACAGUGGAGUUUAGCAGUGACGAAGAACGUGAAGAAACGGAAGAACAAGAAAGGAAGCUGAAGGUCGAUGUUGGAGACAACGUGGCCAUCAAAGUGGGAGAAAGCAGGUUAGAAGAACUGCAAAAGACACACGGAGGAUGCACCCAACAGAUGAAAAAAGCUAUUGGCUCGACUGGAUGCGUUGUCACUAAAACUAAAAAAGGAUCCAUCUUUGUCGAGUUUAAGUCCCUAGGACAGUUUUCCUUCAGUCCAGAGGCUUUAGUGAAGGUAAGUCCGGUGAAACAAGGUGAGACUGUGCGCAUCAGGCCUGACGAGGACCAGGUGAAAACCCUUAACCGUCGGGUGGGCUGGAAAGAUGAGAUGACAUUGACACUCGGCAAGGUUGGUCGAGUGGCCAAGGUGGACAGCGAUGGUGAUUUGUUGGUCGUCUUCGGACGAUUGGCCUUCUUGUACUCCCCUGCCUGUUGUCUUCCUGCACCCAAUGCACAAACAGAUAAUUUAGAUAAAACAGAAAAGACUAUCACAAACAAGGUCACUGCAAGAACUUCCGACAUAGAGGAUGAUGCUAAAGAGAAGAAUAAAGCCAUGUUUCUAAAAAUGAGGCAGGAGGUUCUGGGGCGGAGUUUGAUGUCCUUCACUGGACAGAGUGAUCAAGAGCAUCGCCUAUUUAAUGCUAUUUAUAAAGGAGAUUGCGAAACGGUGGCAAGACUUUGUCGUGGGAACAAAUUCCUGCUUGCCUCGCGCCACCAGCAAACCAGUCCACUCAUUCUGGCGUCCACCCGCCAUUCGCUGGAGGUCGUGGAGCUGCUCCUUGACCUCGGCGCUGACAUCAACGCAGUCGUCCCUCCAAACAUGACAGCCCUCAGGGCAGCUAUAGACGCUAAAAGAGAGAACAUCUGCAGUUUGCUGAUUGACCGAGGUGCCGACCUCACCUACACUGACCCGAGAGGAAUGUCCUACCUCCACUGUGCGGCCUACCAGGACCUGCCAAAGGUCAUCAACAUCCUGACGGCCUAUGGAGUGGACAUCAAUGCAAAAGAUAGAUAUUUGAACACUCCAUUACUCCUGGCUCUAAAUAGAGGGGCACACAGAGCAGUGGACGCUCUCCUGUCCGUGCCUGGCAUCAACAUCAACACCAGAUGCAACACCGGCAUCAACGCACUGCAAGUCGCCAGCCAUGCAGGAUACGCUCGAGCAUUGGAGAAGAUGCUUGCCAUUGACAAGAGCGGAGUAAACGACUUCUACAGAGGACAUUUCACGUCUUUACAUCUGGCCAGCAAUAGGAAUCAUGCAGACUGCGUGAGAUUGCUGGUAAUCAAUGGUGGUGCCGACAUCAAUCUCAAGAACGUAGAGGACUCAUGCAAACCGCGCUACAUCCCGCCUGCUACUGGACGUACUACAGUGUGGUGGAGGCUUUACUUGAACUCGGGGCUGAAGUCAAUUUACUGGAUAAAAACGGCAAUACACCUUUACACCUGGCUAUUGGUAUCCGAUUAGCUGAUGAUGCAGAUAGCGAAGAAGGUAGAAAGGAACUCCAGCUGCGAGUUGCCAUGGGUUGCAUGUUGAUUAGCAGGGGAGCCUACGUUGAUGCCAUGAACUAUAGGGGAUUGCAUCCUUUCAUUGGUGGUUUUCCGGCGGUUCAGGAAGGAGUUAGACGGUUUAUGGUACACAACAAUAAACUCGUCAAGUCACGUGAAGACUGAUAUCAAAAUACAAACAGAGACCACGGGACACCUACACUGUGCUGCUUCUUAGUGAAGCCGGAAGCAUCCUAUGGCUUGAAGAGAGUUGCCGCCAUAUUCACGCCAGAUAUUAUGUUGUUGUUGUUGUUGUUGUUGUUGACUCUUUAAAAUGCUGUCUUUAUGCUAGUCACAUGAAUGUGGUUUGUGAUAGGAGGAUGUGCUGAUGUCAUUCACUGUGAGAGUUGAGAUCUGCCUUGUGGUCCUGUCAAAAUAAAAUAUAUUUGUCCAUGUUCUCUCGCUCUUUCUCUCUCUCUCUCGAUCUCAAAGACAGACAAUGCGAAUGAGAUUAAAAUAGAGUGAGCUCAGAAGAGUGCUCCAUCAAAGCAUAUUGAGAUGCCAAGUAUAAAAGUUGUGAGAGAAAAUAUUUGCACUUUCCUAUCUUUUCACUCUAUCAAAUUUUUAGUUUGAAAUUUACUGGGUUUACGCUUGGUGUUUUGAGUGUUUUAGUUUUGAUUAUUUCAAACUAUGUUUGUUUAGGCAACAAUGUCUCACCCAGGACAUUCUUUCCUGAAUAACAACUUGUACAAGGUGUUUCUUAUCUCAUUUCAGUUAUCUUAAUCACACUACUUAAACGUCCAUGUUGAAAUGUAACAAAAAGAGGAUGUAAGUAAAAACUUUAAGAACCGAAGGCAAUGAGCACAAUGCUUAGAGAAGAAGCGAUCCAUUUUUACAUUUACAGUCGCUCAAGAUUUUAUUUCCCGGAGAAACACGGAUGUGAAAAGUCUAUCAUCUUUUCUUUUCGUGCUGUUUGUACAGACUACGCAUGCUCAAACAACCAAGCCUCGUUUUACAAGCCUUUCUGUUAUGACAAAACUUAGAAAAUGUACAUGUUAAUUAUUUCAAUAAUUAUUUCAAAUUAUAAA